UAUAUGUCAGAAGAAUUAAAUUCAAGCCUUGAUUCACUCGAUUUAGAUCUCUAUCACAAACCCAAUCCUUAAAUUAAAACCAUAAUUGAUUAUCUAAGAGCCUAAAAAAUUAGAUUUUGUACCGAUCCUAAAGCAAAGGAAUACAAUUACUAUUCUAACCAGUCAUUUAAAGAGGAUAAUAAUACAAAUUUUGGAAUUUAGUAAAAUAGAUUCAUGCAAAGAAAACAUUAAGAAACUGACAUAUCAUUUGUAAUGAAAUUUCCUUGAU